CUGGUGCUCUGGAUCUGUCAAAUGUUAUUGUGUUGCUUGGAGACCCAUUAAAACUCAAGCGCAACAUUUUAACACAUGAAGCAUCAGACUUGAAAGGCUUUGAUAUUUACAAACAACAAGGACAGAGAUAUAAAAUACAGCGGGCUGUAUUAACCUACAGACUGACAGCACGUCAGCAAUGGAAGAGUCUCUCAUCCAACAACACCUGUCACAUUAUAAACAAGCCACAGAAACAGCCCGUGAGGAACUAGCUGCCCUGCAGGCCAAAUACCAAAGUCUCCAAUCGCAGGUUUCGGAUGCCCAGUCAAAAGCAGCAUCUCAUGAGGAGACCAUAAAACAUCUCAAGGAUGUAAUUGACAGACAUAAGGAGAAGGAGGCGAGGCAGGAGUCUCUCAUCGGCUCUCUGAGAGAGCGCAUCUACAACACAGAGCAAGAGAUGCUCUCCAUCACCUCCUCCAGAAGCAUCAUGGACAUGAGAGUACACACACUGGCAAAAGAGAACGAGGAGGUCAAGGAGAAACUGAUGGAACUUGACAUCAAGUCAAAACAGUAUUUUGCAGAAUGGAACAAAGCAAAACAGGAAGCCAGUGAGACACGGAGGAGAUCUGAUGAGUUUAUAUCAACCAUAGCAAACAAAGUGUCCAUGAAUGUAUCUGGAAAAGCAGACGCUAUGGAUUAUAUAGUCUCCACGGUGGAAACUUGCUUCAAGGAGAACGAGAGAUUGAAGAACGGUGUGUGUGAUUUCGAGGAGAGUUUGAGGUCUUAUGAGGUGGAAUGUAAAGCCAGCAGAGGAACCGUCAAGAGACUGGCGACCGAUGUAGAACAUGAACAAACACUCUCAGCUUCUCGAUUGAAUGAGCUCAACUCUGUCCGACAGGAGCUGGAUUUUGCGUCCUUGAAGAAGCUCAGUUUGGAAAGAGAAAACCAGACUCUUCAAACCUCGCUUCAGGAGACGCAACAGGCCCUCGCGUCCGCCCAGCAGCGCUGCAGUCACUAUGAGAAUCUCUCUCAAGAUCUGGACCAGAAACUCCACAGCAGUCAGAAUGAAACUCAGGUGUCUCACAGUCAUCACGGAGCCUUCAUGAAGGAAUUGGAGACGCUGCUUCAUGAUCAGUGUCUAUCCCAUCACCCCACACCUGAGGAUCUACUGAAGAGUCUGGCAGCGGUGUGCACCCGUGAGAAAAGUGUGAAGAAGUCAUAUUUAGAGAUGGAAGGACGAUUGGCAGAGCUGGAGCAGGAGGUGUCUAAACAUAAAGAACAUCAGAGGAGCGCAGAACAGAGAGAACAGAAGCUACUGCACAGAAUACAAGACCUGGAAGAUGAGCUGCUCACCGCAGGAGUCUGUAAGGAUGGAAUGAGUCAAGAGAAACAUCAAUAUUUGCGGUUUUUGGAACAACUCUCAGAGAAAUUAAAAGUGGAACACAUCGCUGCAGAUCUGGGAUUUGACAUGAGGUUGGAGGCCGUUCUUGCACGAGCACAGCAGCUGACCAGACAAGAAGGAACCGCAGUACUGGAGACCAGAACACAAGUUCACAACCUCCAAAGAAAGCUGAAGGAACAGAGGCAGCGUUCGGACAGUAAAGAACUUCAUCUGGAGCUGUUGAUGAGGAAAGUGUCUCUGCUGGAGGAGGAGAAGAGGAGUCGGUCAGCGCUGGCCGUGGAGAAGGAUGAUGCUUCUCUGACCUGUAAGAAACUUCAGAAGAGAGUCGACCGACUGCAGGCCGAGCUCAGCACCUUACGAUUCUCCAACACAGAGCUGAAAGCCCAGCUGUCACACACCCAUGAGCUCAAGAUCAAAGUGAUGGAACAAAACCAAACCAUAGAGGAACAGAGUAAGAACCUGAGCAAACUUGAGAAGAACAACGUAAAGACGGAGAUGAAUGUGAGCACCAUGAGGUCAGACCUGCAGAACCUACAGCUGAGAGCUCGAGAGGAGAGUCAACAGACUCAGAGACUCCUAAACACACAGUCCAGUGCCAUAACAGAGCUCGCUCACACUGAGAAACAGCUGCUGGAUUUUCAUACCGUGGUGUGUCAGAUGUUGGGCGUAGAUGGUGCCGUCUGCAUCCCAAACAAUGAAGUUUUGAGAAGGCUGGAGGUUCUGAUCCAGUCGUGCCGCUGUCAUCAUGCUGCUCAUCUGCAUCAUCAACAUCACAUGUGGGAAUCUCCAGUUUCAUUUAUAAACGCCGCUCAUCCGCCGGCCUCCUCCGUGCUGCCUGCGAGGGUCAAGGGUCACAAAGAGCCAAUAAUGACCUGUAACACUUGAAAUCCUGGUGGGGUUAUUAACUACUUUAAACCGGAAAAUGCUUUUAUUUAACCAGUUCAAUAAUAUGAUGGUAAACAGCAUGGAUGUAUAUUGAACUAAUUCAGUUAAAUAACCAGUAUAAACCAGUGUGACGUCUGGGUAAAACUUACAACAGGGACUUUUAUUAUAUAACAUUUAUUGUUUAUAAAUUUUAGUUUAUGUUGACAACU